CACAAGGCAUCGAGACUGCAGCCUCCAGUGAGGCCAUGGCGUCCAGUCUUCCCAUCCUCAUGCUGCUCUUGUGCAGUCUGACCGUGGCUGAAGCCGAGCUGAGGGUGUAUAACCUGCGAGCCACCGAUCUUCCCUCUGACUUCUUUGGAACCACAGACGGCUACGUUAAGGUGGUCUGUGGCUCUUACAGUGUUGGUGAGACAGCUGUACGCAAAAACACCGUAAACCCCCAGUGGACUGAGGUGUUCGUCUGUGACAACGUAGGUUACAACGAUGUGCUGAGGCUGGAGGUUCACGACAGUGACAUCUUCUCUGAUGACCUCGUGGGAGAGUGCGAGACAAAUAUCAGGCAUGGGACUUACUUUAAUACCUGCAACCUGAAGGGAGGAGGAACACUUAAUUACGACUAUACUUUGUUCUAACUUUACUGACUAUACAGUGAUCUUUGCUUUGGUGAUGUCCUGUAAUCCAUUAUCUGGAAUUUUAAUCCAAUAAUUCAUGUUCAGAUUUCCAAUAAAAAAUAAAAUUAAAAUUAUUUGUGU